CAGAGGUUCCCACCUUCAUCCCACUUCCAAUUCCAUCACAAAGCACAAACCAAGUCGCCCGCUUUUCGUGUUGCUGCAUCCCGGAUGGCUUUGUAAAUUCACAAACUAAGGCUAUUCGGAAAGCUGGGUUCAUAGCGACGCGGUGAAGGAUGGCAUCGCUCCCGAUUUCCCAGACCUGAGUCCUCACCCGCAUUUCCGACUGAUCGUUCCUCCUUUUCCGCACCACCCCAUUGCGCCAACCCGGCUCGAUUCCCGUUUCCCGUUUCCCUUUAACGUUUAAGGACCGCGCGCGAUGGACAACCACGAAGACGACCCAAAUCGAGUAACGGCAUUAUGGCCGGAUCCACCGUCGUUUUGGAGGGACUUUACACCAGCGAACAUCGAGCGCUACGAGAGCCUCAAGGAUGACUACACGCAUCAGCAAGGCCUGAGCGCCAGCGCCGACGCCGUCAUCCGGAUCUCCAAUAUCCCAGAGGAGUUGAUCAACCUACAACCACCGCCAGAACCUACCGAGGGGAGUUGGAGGUUAUUCAGCGAGCCCGAAACGCUUACCGAAACCCUCCAAACCCUCGAGGAGGCCGGCAUCCAGCGACUGGGCCCGACAUCCGACAUCGAUAGAGACAGCAAACACCUCGACCGGGGGUUCGAAUUAAAAAAGCUCGUCAAGUCGCUCCUGCUCAAUUACCUCGAGCUGGUCGGUCUGAUGGGAUAUAACCCAGACCACGCCGCCGAAAAGAUCGAAGACCUCAAAGUCCUCCUCCUCAACUUCCACCACACGCUCAACGAGUACCGCCCGCACCACGCGCGGGAGCAGCUGAUCCAGAUCAUGCACGCCCACGGCGACCAGAUGCGCGCCGAGACGGCAGGGAUACGGAGCGUGGUGGACAAGGCGAAGCGGAUGAUCGAGGGGCUGGCCAGCAUCCAGGUUCCGCAGUUGGACACGGGGGCGGACGAGAAAGGGGGGCCCAAGGCACAGAGAGCAAGGCUGGAGCGGGGGAGGGAGGCUGUCGAGUGGACAGUAGUGGACGGUGAUUUGGCAUGAGGUGUGCUUUACUUGGGAAACGGCGUACUUGGGUAUGAGCGAAACGGAAUUGGAGGGCAGCCCCUCCUGUGUGGGUUGGUAGUUAUGCCAGCAUCUGCGGAUUCGCUCACUGGUGGCAAGUGUGGCGGGGCCAUAACGAUCUCAUCGAUAAUAGAAAUGAAUUCAGAAAGCAAAUUAAACUAC